AGGGCCCUGACCUCGAGCAGACCCCAUGGGACAGCUGGUCUCCUGGCUGGGGCACCCCUGUCCAAGCACACUGUCACCCACAGCAGUGGGCACUUACCCUGCACCAGGAGGCUCUGGUCACACAGAUGAGUCACCUCAGGCGCAUACCCAGCGCCAGCAGCGAACAGAGCCAGCUGGCGGAGCUCUCAGAGAGGUCCCCGGCUGCCACCCAGGACCCUUCUCAGCACCCUCAGCGAUGCCUCUUCACCAUGUCUGGGCCCAGUGUGGCCCCCUCAUACCCAGUCCAAGGGGGCUUGUCUGAGUCCCCUCCCCUGGCCUGAGCCCCCAUGGCGGGCACGGCAGCAGUGGGCUGGCGGCGGCCCCAGCGGGUGAGCAUGCAGGAGCACAUGGCCAUCGAUGUGAACCCUGGACCCAUCCAGCCCAUCCCCCUAAUUUCUGACUACUUCCCGCAUUUCUACCCCUUUGCUGAGCCUGCCCGGGGUGCCCCAGGCCCACACCCUGCAGUGUCUCCCGCCAGCUCUGCACCCCCACAGCCAGACCCAGAGCCAGAGGGAGACUCAGACGACAGCGCUACCCUGGGCACCCUCGAGUUCACACUUCUCUUUGAUGCGGACAACAGCGCUCUGCACUGCACGGCUCACUGUGCCAAGGGCCUCAAGCCACCAGCCUCAGGCUCCCUGGACACCUAUGUCAAAGCCAAUCUGCUGCCAGGGGCCAGCAAGGCCAGCCAGCUGAGGACACGCACAGUUCGGGGCACAAGAGGGCCUGUCUGGGAAGAGACGCUCACUUACCACGGCUUCACCCACCAGGAUGCUGGGCACAAGACCCUGCGGUUGUGUGUGUGCGAGGACCCACGGCUGCGGCCUCGGCGGCGGCGAGUGCCUCCCCUGGGGGAGCUGCGGGUGCCCCUGAGGAAGUUGGUGCCCAACCGAGACAGGAGCUUUAGUGUAUGUCUGGAGAAGCGGAGGCUGACCAAGAGGCCGGAGCGCCUGGACACAUCCCGUGGCAUGUCCCUGUAUGAGGAGGUGGCAGAGGUGGCCGGGGAGGAGCGCGGGCGCAUCCUGCUGUCACUGUGCUACAGCUCUCAGCGGGGCGGCCUGCUGGUAGGGGUGCUGCGAUGCGCCCACCUGGCCCCCAUGGAUGCCAAUGGCUACUCGGACCCCUUCGUCCGCCUAUUCCUGCAUCCAAAUGUGGGGAAAAAAACUAAAUAUAAGACCAGUGUUCGGAAGAAGACCCUGAACCCCGAAUUCCAUGAGGAGUUCUUCUACGCAGGCCUCAGGGAGGAGCUGGCCCAGAAGACCCUGCUGGUGUCUGUAUGGGACUAUGACCUGGGCCCGGCCAACGACUUCAUUGGCUGGGUGCAGCUGAGUGGCCGGGCCGGUGGGGAGCGCCAGCGGCACUGGAGAGAGUGCCUGGACCACAGUGACCACCGGCUGGAGCUGUGGCACCCGCUGGACGGUCGUGCGCCCCUCCAGCUCAGCGACUAGCUGGGGCACCCGCGUGGCUCUGCUCACCGCUCCUCCCCAAACUGACCCAGACGCCUCCAGAGUUGGGAGGAACCAGGGCUGCCUCACCCACAUGCCCAGCCCCUAGUCAAAUUGUUUCCUUCCUCCUCCCCUUCCAGAUGUGCCCAGUGCCCCAUCAGGAAGCAGGAAUAAACCUCUCCUCCAAUCCAGACUAAA